AUGAGGGCCAUCUUCACGUUUCUCGCCCUCGUCAUCCUUUCCUCUUCCGUUCUCUCCCUUCCCUCAGAGCGGCGCGACAGCGAUAGCACGCUGACAGAGAUCCAAGCUCUAAAUUUUGCCCUCUCCCUCGAACACUUGCAGUACUACUUCUACGAACGACUGCACCAUUAUGAGCCACAGGACUUCUCCAACGCUGGUCUACCGCCCUGGUCGCAUGGGAGAUACGCACAGAUAUCCUCCCAUGAGCUUACGCAUGCUCAGUUCCUCGAGAAUAUCCUGGGUGACAAGGCUGUUCAGCCAUGCACAUACAACUUCCCCGACACCGAUCCGAGAUCAUUCGUGAAGACCAGCAACACCGUGGAAGCAGUAGCAUCCUCUGCGUAUACGACUCUUGCGAAGUAUCUCUCCGAUCCUGACUAUGUCAUUUCCAUCAGCUCUAUUCACUCUGUGGAAGCGAAACACUCAGCAUGGAUCAACGCGGACGUGCGUGAUGGUGCCGCUUGGAGUACGGCAUUUGAUGCGCCACUGAGUCUGAGUCAACUAUAUACCAUUAUGAGUGGCUUCAUCUCAUCCUGCCCAUCCUCCAAUUCGCUGCCGCCCGUCAAAAUAUUUCCUGCACUUACGUUCCCCUCCAGUGUUAUGCCAGGACAGACUGUGCAAGUAUCGAUUUCGCCCGCAGCUCCGAAACGCGAUUCACAAACGUUGUACACCUGGUUCAUCUCAGGCUUCAAAGCGCUCGUCGUACCUCUCAAUGCUGACAUGACGGUCACCAUCCCGGACACGCUGCAGGGUUUCGUGUUUUCAGUGAUCACGAACAACAAGGAGAGUGUGGCAGACGAUGCUACAGUCGCUGGGCCGGCAUUCUUAGUCUUCGAUUAUGACUACCAAGGAAACGAUCAGUCACUACCUAUGUGA